ACACUGGAACACACACAUAGCUGUCAGCUCAGUCGUGCACUUCCAACUGGCUCUGGGCGCGAUGAUUUACCCCAAAUAUCCCGACACACUGAGAUUUCGGAAGGUUUAUUGCAGUUUGGAGAGAAGAAUCUCAUGUUUACUUUCUUGUGAGAGAAAGUGAGAUCAAGAAAGAUGGCAGGUAACGGCGGGCAUCUCAGCGUGAGACACUGGACUCCGAAGCAUGUGGGUCGCUGGCUGCGCGAGGAGGGUUUCUGCAAUUAUGUGGACCUGCUGUGCAACAAACAUCGUCUGGAUGGUACCAGUCUGCUGACUCUGAGCGAGUACGACCUGCGUUCCCCUCCGCUGGAGCUCAAGGUGCUGGGAGACAUCAAACGGCUCAUGCUUUCUCUCAGGAAGCUUCAGAAGCAGAAUACUGAUGUACUAGAAGAGCUCGGACUGUCCUACGACGGACACACACCUCAGAACAGCACAGGUGGAGUGGAUUGGUUGUGUAACGGCGACUCUGUGCGUGAUUGUGACGUAUUGGACACUCUGAGUGGUGACCAGUAUCACCAGUACAACAAUGGCAAAUACAAGCAGCAGCCGCGGAGACUGGAUCCGGAGUACUGGAAAACCAUCAUCAGCUCCGUCUACGUAGUCUUCGUCUUUGGUUUCACGUCAUUCGUCAUGGUGAUCGUACAUGAGCGAGUACCAGACAUGAGAACAUACCCACCACUACCUGACAUCUUCCUGGACAGUGUACCCAGAAUCCCAUGGGCUUUUGCAAUGGCGGAGGCGUGUGGCGUGAUCUUGUGCUCUAUUUGGCUGCUAGUGCUGCUGCUUCAUAAGCACAGGUCGAUUCUGUUGAGGCGUUUGUGUAGUCUCAUUGGGACAGUUUUCAUGCUGCGGUGUGUCACUAUGUUUGUGACGUCUCUCUCUGUACCAGGUCAACACCUGCAGUGCACUGGGAAGAUAUACGGUGACAUGUGGGCGAAGCUUCAGCGUGCCGUGGCCAUAUGGAGCGGGUUUGGAAUGACCCUCUCUGGAGUCCAUACGUGUGGAGAUUACAUGUUCAGUGGACACACUGUCGUUCUCACUAUGCUCAACUUCUUUGUCACAGAAUACACGCCACGCAGCUGGAAUUUCAUCAACACACUCUCGUGGGUUCUCAAUCUGUUCGGGAUCUUCUUCAUCCUGGCCGCUCACGAGCAUUACUCCAUCGACGUCUUCAUCGCGUUCUACAUCACCACUAGACUCUUCCUCUAUUACCACACGCUGGCCAACACACGGGCGUACCAGCAGAGUCGCCGUGCGCGAAUCUGGUUCCCCAUGUUCUCCUUCUUUGAGUGUAAUGUUAAUGGACCUGUUCCGAACGAGUACUGCUGGCCGUUCACACGACCCAACUUACUCAAAAGGCUUAUUGGCUAACACACACGCACACUCUCGCUUCGCAAUGCGAUGUUUGUGCUGCUGAUUCUGAAUACAUUCUUGCAUUGCCAUGAUGGACGGCAAAGACUGCAUCUAACACACACAUUUCUAAUUGCUUUCUCUGGUAGGUGUCAGUCUUCUAAAGGGAUUUGAUUAAAAUUUGCCCAUUAUUGUGGAUUUUUGGCUUAUUUUUCCACUGUGGAAACAGACUGAUAAUCACACGACAUUUCAUUCGGGUUUUAAGACUCUAUUUUUUAGCCAGAAACUGGAACUGUGAAAGUCUUGCUUUUUUUUCUUUUUUUUUCUGUGGAGCGGUCUUGGCAGGGAAACUUUUAGGCGUCUUAAAACCCUUCGCAUGAUACAGUUGGCAGUAUUAAUUUUGCCUUGUUUCAUAAGAGUAGAUACUUGACAUGAUGAAGUCCUCAUUUCUUCCAAAGACAUUUCGGUCUUAGCAUUGUUAUAGAGAUUUACACGAUUAAACUUUUUGAAGCAAUAUGAAACAUCUUAAAGUUUUAAAUGGUUUGUGUGAAACUGUAAUGUUUUAAUUGAAUUGAUCUCUGCUUUCAUCUUAUUGUCUUUUCAUUCAUUUCUAUAGUGCGACAGAUUUUGUUUUGCCAGUAUUAGUAACUGUGUGGAAUGAUAAAAUGAUAAUACUGUAUUUAAGACUAAAACUUAUCCCCUAAAUUUCGUGUUUUGGGUAAAUCUCAUGAAAAUAUGUCCAGGUCACAUUUCACCCCAAACUUAAAAGCAAAUAUAAUUAUUUGCUUCAAAUU